UGAAGAGACCCAUGCAUUAUCUCUCCAGCAGUCCCGAGGCAGGAAACCCAGGGGUUAUACUCAGUGAACACAGACGUACUGGUGUUGACCCAUACAGCUGGUGGGAUGGGAAGGGAGCUGUUUCUGAAGGGAGCUGUUCGGUCACUGACUGUCAGCAGAGCUAGGUGUCUUCUCCAGAAUCGUCACUCCAGCAUCUACAGCAAGCCACCAAAAAACAAGAUUGGACCUGGGCAAAGUUUCUUUAUUUUGUCUGUGUUUGCUGUUGCACUCCUGGCUCCUGCCGGCUGGAUUCUGCAUCACAUCCCAGAGUAUCGCAAGAGACCACAACCUCCAAAUUCUUGAAGAAAGCCCAUCUCUCCGGUCAACUUACCUGAUGUUGUGUACUACAGACAGACAUGGCUGCUUCUAGGUCAUUAUUCACCUGCAACUGACUUCAUAAACCUAUUAAAAUAUACAUUUUAGUAUUGAUAAUAAUGUCCUAUUGUGGAGAAACAGAAGAGGCUCUGUUUGAAUGUAAUUGGAUGGUGUUUAAUGCCUUAGGACCGUUGCCCUUAAUGCCACUGUAAGCGAAAUCUUCUGUGGACUUUAAUACAGUUAGUGACUGCACUUUUUCUUUUAAUAAAACGUCACUUUAUACCAACUGUUUUUGUUGUUAACUCACAGUUUCCCUAUGUGAUUUUGUUUGCAUU